CUUGGACAGGUCGUCGGCGCUUCUACUGAACCGAAACGAGUAGACAUAGAAGAGCAUCUGCCAGCUGCAUCGUUUGCCAUCGACGCCGUCCCUGGUCACAGAGAUUCUACAUCACCAUCCAUUGCUACCACCGCCCCCGCCGUUGCACCCUCUGUCGUGCAGCAGCACUCGCUCUCCAACGCCGACCCUCCAUAAUCGGGCACGCCCUUUCUUCGCGUCAGAAUAGAUCAAAGAGUGCUCAGGCACAGCUUCGAGCGUCCAGCAUACCGCAGCUACGAGCGUGAGUCCUGGUAAGGAGAAGCAGGAACAGGACGCACGCACAUUACCUACACCCUCACCAAUUGUCGUCUCUUAGCAACACUCCUCGCGAGAGUGCGAAUUUCACGUCUCUGCUCCCGACCUCCCUCGUUGCUAGGCGACCUCGGCAUACAGAUACCAUCACACACGCCCAUUCGCAAACACACCACAUUUCUACACAGAAAGAUCCAGCAACAUGUCACGAGCGCCGCAGCAGGGCGGCUCGCGCAAGAUUAGCUUCAACGUAUCUGAGCAGUACGACAUCCAAGAUGUGGUGGGCGAAGGCGCAUAUGGCGUGGUAUGCUCGGCGCUGCACAAGCCAUCUGGACAGAAAGUCGCAAUCAAGAAAAUCACACCCUUCGACCAUUCCAUGUUCUGCUUACGGACAUUGCGCGAAAUGAAAUUGUUGCGCUACUUCAACCACGAGAACAUCAUCUCCAUCCUCGACAUCCAGAAGCCGAGAAACUACGAAAGCUUCUCUGAGGUAUACCUCAUCCAGGAACUCAUGGAGACCGACAUGCACCGAGUCAUCCGCACUCAAGAAUUGUCCGAUGAUCACUGCCAGUACUUCAUCUACCAGACUUUGCGCGCUCUGAAAGCCAUGCAUUCCGCCAAUGUCCUCCACCGAGACCUCAAGCCAUCGAACUUGCUUCUGAACGCUAACUGCGAUCUGAAAGUUUGUGACUUUGGUCUUGCACGCUCCGCCGCAAGCACCGAAGACAACCAGGGCUUCAUGACCGAAUACGUCGCAACUCGAUGGUACCGCGCACCAGAGAUUAUGCUUACGUUCAAGGAAUACACCAAGGCGAUUGAUGUCUGGUCAGUGGGCUGUAUUCUGGCAGAGAUGCUGAGCGGCAAGCCACUUUUCCCCGGCAAAGACUAUCACCACCAGCUCACCCUCAUCCUGGACGUGCUGGGCACACCAACGAUGGAGGACUACUACGGCAUCAAAUCUCGUCGCGCGAGGGAAUACAUUCGAAGCUUGCCGUUCAAGAAGAAGAUCCCCUGGAAGGCCAUGUUCCCCAAGACUUCCGACUUGGCUCUUGACCUGCUCGAGAAGCUCCUUGCAUUCAACCCCGCCAAGCGCAUCACAGUUGAGGAGGCGCUGAAGCACCCAUAUCUGGAACCAUAUCAUGACCCUGAAGACGAGCCAACGGCAGAGCCCAUCCCAGAAGAGUUUUUCGAUUUCGAUAAGAACAAGGACAACCUGUCAAAAGAACAGCUGAAGCGUCUGAUUUAUGAGGAGAUCAUGCGGUAACGUCAUAUCCAAAAAGUCAUCCACGAAUUUCCUUUUUUUCUGUUCAAAUAUUUCAAACGACCAAUUGAAGCCAUCUCCCACCAAAUACUCUGUUCGCCGCGAUAGCCAUGCCGACGCAGCAGCGGGCACUGGUCCACCAACGGUCUCUCCUAGCGACGGUGACAUUCCAAUCGGCAUCGACACGACAAUCUCUCGUCGCAUUACCGUCUAGGAAGGCGCGGGCAUGGCAGAUGGUGAUAGGGUGAAGAAGGCGACUCCGUGGUACACAACCUUGAGACGCUGGCUCGCCUGAAUCUGCUAUGCCCACGCUUUCCGGACUUUACUUUCAACCAAUUUCAGAACUGUUCAUGAUGGCGCAUGGGAACUCGUGACGGGAUCGAGCGGAGCGCGAACGAAUGCAUGGUGGAUCGAGGUGCAUUGUGCAAGAGCAGGGGCUUUUGUAUGGGUUGAUGAUGAUGCUAUCGACGAUGUACGCACGAAUGCGAGAAAUUAGACAGUUUCGUUGUGUAUCGAGUCAAUGGCAAAACUUGGAGAACUAAAUACAUAAGGGUGCUGGCAGAGCUUCGCUUGACUCUUGGAGCAAAACCGCCUGCAUUCAAGUAGCUACUGUCUGUACUGAUUUCAAGCCUCAGGUACGGAGUAUUGAAUUGUCCGUGCCAUCCCU